GGAAAUCCUCCGCGGCACUUCCGGCGCGGCCGCGCGCGCCCGCCCCUCCCUCCCGCCCGCCGCCGCCAAGAUGGCGGCGCCCGUGUCGCUGCAGGUGGAGUUCGGAGGUGGUGCAGAGCUCUUAUUCGAUGGUGUCAAAAAGCAUCAGGUGACUUUGCCCUGUCAACCAGAGCCUUGGGAUGUCAGAAACCUGCUCAAGUGGAUCAAACAGAAUAUGCUGAAAGAGCGACCAGAGCUAUUCCUGCAAGGGGAAUCUGUGAGGCCAGGAAUUUUGGUGCUCAUCAACGAGGCAGACUGGGAACUAAUGGGUGAGCUGGAUUAUAAACUCCAGGACCAGGAUAAUGUGCUUUUCAUCUCAACACUGCACGGCGGGUGAACUCCUGAAAAAACAAGAGGAUGUAAAUCAAAAUCCCUGGGAAAAAAAAACCCAAACAAAAACCUUAACCCACCUAAACCUCUCUUGAACUGCCUGUGUCCAGUCUCUGCAUCUCCCCUCUGCGUUCACUUGUUCUUGACAUCCAAAUAAAGCCCCGCCAGCCUGCGGCCUUCUGUCCACCACA